GCUCGGUAUCGCAGUGCCCAGCAGGACCAGUAGCCGGCCUUGCCCCGCCGCCGGACCGGCCUGCUCGUGGCACGCUGGCUUUUUCCCGGGGACGGCGCCGGCCCCUCACACGGUCCUGUGGCCGAGCGGCUCGGUCGCUCAGCGCUGGGGCUGUGCCGCUGCCGUGCUCAGCUGUGGGCCCCGGGGACAGUCGGGCCCUCCCUGCCACCGGGUCCCGGCCGUGCCGGCCAUGCCCUGGAAGGAGCCGCUUGCAGGUGCCCCUGGUGCUCUGUGCCCAGGGCUGGGGAGGUGUGAGCCCUGAGCAUGAGCUGCUGCUCUGCAGGGACGGAGACACGCUGUCCCCGAGUUCGUGUCACGCAGCGCGACACAGGGUGGUGACAUCCCGUUAAAUCAGCUGGGAACUGGAGCCUUUGUGUCGCUUGCACACUGUGCUCCCACUGGAGUAGCCUGGGAGAGUGGGAAAACACUCUUCCGAAGUUCCUGCAUGUUCAGAGAGUUUCUUUGCUCAGAAUUCGCGUGGGGCUGCGAUGCUGGGGUUAGGCUUUUGUGGGUGUGAGUAGUCAUGCAGCAAAGUUGGACCAAAAUUCCUGUGUCCUGACCAGCGUGGCAUUUACUCGCGUGUGUCAUGGGGACUCGGGAAGUGUGGGCACUCGUCUGUGCUUUGCUGGUUAUUCUCCAGAAAGCUCUUUCGGAGGUCCAGUGAGUAAGGGGAGGCCAUUAGGGGAAAAGACUGUAUGACAUAUUUCUUAAAAGUAUGAAUAACUUAAUCUUUGUAGUAAAAGCAGGUAGGCAAGCCAGCCUUUUUAACAGCAGGACACAGAUGCUCAUCUGAGCUCUGUAGGCUUCUCUGGUUCCAGAGCUCUCCAGGCUUGCCUGAGAGGGUCUUCUUUGGACAGAGAGAGACUGAGUUAAGGGGAGUUUCUGAGCGAGAGAUGAGGGUUAUGCCACCAAAGCUACAGGUAGCUCUGUACUACCUUGUGAUGCAAGCGUGCCUUUAUCUCCAGGUCAUGUUUCUCUUCAGCCUGAAUUCCAACAGCAUUAGGCAUCCUUUUCUGGUACAGCUUUAUCAGGAAGACCUAGAGCCACUAUCAUUUUUUGUUCUGUGAACAACUAGUCUAGGUCAGUUGUUCCUGACGUUUUUUCACGGUCGAGACACAGCUACACAUCUCUUCCUUCUUGUGUGUGUUGUCCUUGCCACAGCUCCCCCCAGCGUGGUUACUGCUGUCUGGGUUGUGAUUGCACCUUACUGGUUGAGGGCUGGCCACCUGGGUCAGGGCUGGGAACCAAAUCUGGCCUUGUGGCUUUCCACCAUUGGCCUGCUCUUGGGACCUCAAUACUUCUAAAACAGGGUUGGCUACCAAAUGGCUCUCUUGAAUAGACAAGUUGGUUUAUCCUUAACCCAUCUAAGCACUACUGUGAUCCAACGACAGUUCAGCAUCACCGGAGCGUGCCGAGCGAUACAGAAACUCACCCGCGUGCGAGUGGUGGACAACAGUGCCUUGGGGAACACGCCCUACCACCGGCCACCAAAAUGUAUCCACGUGUAUAACAAGACUGGAGUUGGCAAAGUUGGAGAUAAGAUCCUUCUGGCUAUCAAAGGAGAAAAGAAGAAGGCUUUAAUUGUAGGGCACAAGAUGCCGGGCCCCACCAUGACGCCUAGAUUUGAUUCCAACAAUGUGGUUCUCAUAGAAGAUAAUGGGAACCCAAUAGGCACUAGAAUAAGAACACCAAUACCCUAUACACUGAGAAGAAGAGAAGGCGAGUUCUCCAAAGUAUUGGCCAUUGCCCGCAACUUUGUAUGAAUGCUGAGAGGUCUUCAGCAACCCUUCUAUAUCUUUUCAUGCAGUAGCUGUUCCGUGGUGGUUUUCCAGAAGCCAGUGAAACAUGAAAAAGCUGAUGCUCAUCAAGAAUAUCUCCUCCCUUUUAAGAAUUUCAAGCAACUGAUUUAAAUAUUGAAAUAUUUUCUUUUUCUCCAAAAGAAGGUUGAUUUAUUUCACAGAACACCUGCAGUAUGUUUGGGAAACAGUCCUUCACCCUUAUUCCUCCUGUUAUGUUAAUCUGGUCUGUUAUCAUUAAAAUGAGACCGUGAAAAUC